AUGCCUGCUCCAUUCAUAUACCUUAACAGCUGGCCUAGGCUGAUCCACAGCCACCAACAUAUCGACCUAGCAGGAACCGUACUCCCACGAUCUAGUCCACAAUAUCAGCAGUUACGCUUUCAGCUUCGACAAGUGCUUUUCCAAACCCUAGCAGCAGCCUCGGAUACUUUCGAAUUCAUGUAUAUCUUUACCAACUUUCAGUCCGAUAACGAGCUUGGGCGCAAAGUCGUAGGGCACUAUGCAGAAGCAGCAAAGGCUCGGGGCUGUACUUUUAUCCCAGUCGUCUUGACUUGCGACAUCGCCAUGAACACCCAGAGAAUACGCUCUCAGGAGAGACUGAGGCUGCUUGCUGAAAGAAAGGGAAUGUUGCUUGACACGGUUCUGUUGUCUGAGAUGAGAGAAAAGGGAGGGAUGCUAAAGUAA